ACACAGGAAUCUUACAAGUAUUGUUUGUUCUUUAGUCCUUUUUUCAACCUACGAAUACUCUAUAUACCCGCUGGCAUUGGAAUGCGAUGACCUCAACCGGAGGACUUUCUAGGCGAAGAGUUGGCGGGACCUCAUCGUCUUCAGCAACCUCGGACGACGCCUCAAACGGCGGUUGGGGCUCCUCCAAUGGACCCGCUUUAAAUGGCACAGCUGGUUCUCAUGCUGGCUCAGCAUUCGAGGGUGGAAGUAAGAUAGCAUACGACCCACGCGACUUGGAUAGAGACAAGGAGGAGACUCGGCAAGGAGGUAAAAUGCCCCGUUUGACCAUAAUGGAAGAAGUGCUACUCCUUGGUUUGAAGGACAAGCAAGGCUAUCUCUCUUUCUGGAACGAUAACAUAUCGUAUGCACUACGUGGUUGCAUUCUGAUCGAACUUGCGCUUCGUCGGCGGAUAGCUCUCGUCAAAGAUGCAAACCGUCGAAGAAACCCGCUCCCUGACCGCUUGGUCGAAGUGAUAGAUGACAGACAGACGGGAGAGACAAUUCUUGAUGAAACGCUGAGAAUGAUGAAAGGUCAAGAGUCAGACAAGAUAUCAAUAAAUGGAUGGAUCGAUCUUCUAAGCGGCGAGACAUGGAACGUGAUGAAAAUCGGAUAUCAGCUAAAGCAGGUUCGCGAACGGCUUGCAAAAGGACUUGUAGACAAGGGGGUGCUGCGCACCGAGAAGCGCAAUUUCCUUUUGUUUGACAUGGCCACUCAUCCUGUCGCAGACGUACGGACGAAAGAGGCGAUCAUUUCGCGCGUCGUCUCGCUACUUACCGCCGCUACUUCUACCGUGCCUCCAUCAGCUCUGGAUAAGGAAGGUACACAAUGCAGGGUGAUGCGAUCAGUCUGUCUGGCUUGUGCGGCAUAUGCUGCCAGUGUGUUGGACAAUGCCUUUGGGCGAUUGACGUAUGAAGACCGAGAGGGUGCAUUCCAGCGGUGCGACGAUGUGCUGGCCGAGUUUGCUUGCUGGCCUUUUGGAAGUGCAUCUGCGACAGGAACGGGGAGCUCACGCAGGCGGGAGACAGUUAGGAUUGGAAUGGGGAGCAAUCCUGCUACUGGACGUGAGUCUGUGCUUGGACUGCUGCAAGAGGUGAAGAAGGAGAUGAAUGGCGAGGAAGAUCUUGGAUUCGAACUUGUUGCGGGAGUGCUGGAGGUUCUUUCAAAACUAGACUCGCUUUUGUGAGAGGACAUCCACGUUUGAUAUUCUGAUUUUUGCUGUUUUUCUCCACGAAGUCUUCGUAUAGCCUUUUUAUCUAGCUAGCUUUUGAAUUUUUUGUGCAUUAAUCCUAUUCUCAUCGUAUUUUCUUGC